AUGGCGGAUUCUUCUCCAGCCUGGCUCCUGACGACGCCAAAACAUGCCGACUUUGACCAGGCACUCACCGUUCUCCGCAUCCUUCAGCCCGCCGCUAUCCUUGUUAUCGCUCUGGCAUCGGUCUUACUACAGCCAACGAAGGCGCUGCUCUGCCGCAUCCUGUAUCCACGCCGCUCCGACUAUGACCAGUUGCGGGCAGAGGCUGAACGCGAAGAGGGCCAUGAUCGGGAUGUGCCACCUCAACCAACCCCUGUCAUCGUGCCUGUUCGAUCUCGCCGCCGUCUAUUGACACAGUCAACACAGCUUGGCUUAGCCGCCACCUUUUUUGCAUCGGGUGUGCUCAUCAUCCUGCGCGCUGUAUUGCCUCCUCAAGAAUGGCAGCCUGAUCUUCCUUUGUGGAGAGCCGUCGAUGUACAGGCGCUUGGUGGACUGCUCGCUUGGGGCUCCGUGGUCAUCGCUGCAUUGUGGGAGGAAAAGCAACGAGGUAGGGGAACCUACGGCAGAGGUAAGUCGGCAUGGUCCGUGAUUAUCGGCGCGUUCGCCGACAUCUGUCUUGUCGUCCUCUACAUGAUCCCGAAAGAGCGCCGCGACCUGCCAUCCACCAGUACAUGGACCAUUGCACAACUCGGCCUCGUCAUUUUCCGUCUCAUCCUUCUCUACCCCAUCCUUAUCCUUGCUUUGUCCUGGGACCGUGUCCGCUUUGUACGAGCUGCCGACCUUGCCAAUCAAGCAGCGGCUGCCGAUCAUCCAUCCUCGUCUCAAUCACGCUCGGCUCACGACGAAUCAACCAGCCUUCUUCAAGCGCCUGCCAACUCUAGCACUCCUUCAUAUGGUGCAACUGGAACUAAUGGCAACGCAAAGCAAAAGUCGGCGGCUAAUUCAGGCACGCAGACUCCCAACCGAGAUCCAAAUGCCUCGAUGGGCCUCACCGUUGCUGCUCAACCGCCUCCACCGACGUUCAGGGUCUUCCUCUACCGCAUCCGCUUUCUCUUCCCCUACCUUUGGCCUUCCAAGUCCGUUCGACUCCAGCUCACUGCAUUGGUCUGUGUCGCCCUGCUCCUGGGAGCACGUGUCGUCAACUUGUUUACUCCGCUCGCUCUCGGUAAGCUCGUCGAUGACCUCUCAACAGGCUCUUCGCCUUGGCUCGAUGUCGUCCUUUAUGCUGGCCUCAAGAUGCUGCAGGGUCAAGGAAGUUUGCUCACUGUGCUUCAGAACACCUUGUGGGUCCCCGUCGAGCAGUACUCGGACCGCAUGAUGAGUAUGAUGGCGUUUGAGCAUCUACUCAACCUCAGCAUGUCGUUCCACACCAAGAAAAAGACCGGCGAGGUGCUCAGAAUCCUUGAUCGUGGCAGCGCCAUCAACAACUUUUUCCAGUAUCUCCUCUUCAGCUUGCUACCCGUCUUUAUCGACAUCUUUGUUGCCAUGAUCUACAUGACACGCACCUUUAGCCCUGCCAUCGGUGUCGCGCUCUUCUUCGUCAUGGUCGCCUAUACUUGGACCAGCAUUCAGCUCACCACAUGGCGUACCGGCCUUCGUCGCGCUAUGAACAACAAGGACACCAUCUGCAGGGCCAUCUCUGCUGACGUGCUCAUGAAUUGGGAGACGGUCAAAUGUCUUUCUGCCGAAGCCUAUGAAGCCGGGCGCUUCCGCAGUGCCCUCGAAGACUACCAGAAGGCCGAGUUCAAGGUGAUCGGCAGUCUCAACAUGCUCAACAUGGUGCAAAACCUCAUUCUCGGUUUUGGAACCCUUUUCACCAUCAUGCUUGCGGCUGAAAGCGUUGUUCGUGGCGAGACGACUAGCUCUCAGUUUGUCGUGUUUGUCACCUAUCUGCAACAGGUAUACCAGCCUCUCUCGAUGCUUGGCACUCUCUACCGCGUGGUGCAGCAGAAUCUCGUCGACACGGAUAAGCUCAUGACGCUGCUCGAGGAGAAGACCGAAGUGCAAGAUGUGCCCGGCGCCAAAGACCUUGUUGUCACGGAUGGUGUCAUUGAAUUCCAGGAUGUACGUUUCUCGUACGAUGGCAAGGUCGAGGCGCUCAAAGGCUUGAGUUUCAAAAUCGACCGUCACUCGAGUGUAGCUUUGGUCGGAGAAUCAGGUGCCGGCAAGUCAUCCGUUCUGCGCUUGCUAUACCGCUUUUAUGACAUCCAGUCGGGACGCAUCCUCAUCGAUGGGCAAGACAUUCGCAACGUGACACAGAGCUCGCUUCGACGCGCCAUCGGCAUCGUGCCCCAAGAACCUUCGCUGUUCAACAACGACAUUCGCACCAACAUUCUGUACGGUGACACCAAAGCGUCGGACGAGGCCGUUGAAGCCGCCGCUCUUGCGGCUCAGAUCCACGACCGUAUCCUGAGCUUCCCCGAAGGUUACGGCACUGUGGUAGGCGAGCGCGGUGUGCGUCUGUCUGGAGGCGAAAAGCAGCGCGUCGCCAUUGCACGAACCAUCCUCAAGAACCCUCCAAUUUUGCUGUUGGAUGAAGCGACUUCGGCGCUCGACAGUCAAACGGAGCGUCAAUUGCAGUCUGCGCUCAACAAUCUCAUGCAAGGCCGAUCGAGCUUGACCAUUGCGCACCGCCUGUCCACCAUCAUCAACUGUGAUACUAUCAUUGUUAUGGAUGCCGGUCGUGUGGUGGAAGCGGGCUCGCAUGCUGAUCUGAUCGCCCAGGGAGGCCUGUACAGCAAGAUGUGGGAGCAGCAGAUCAAGACGCAAAAGGAGCAGGAGGCGGCUGCAGCUGCGCAGGAGGCAUCUCGUGAGGCGAUUGAGGACACGGAAACGAGCACAGAUGUUAUCAGCAGAGAGGCGAGCAAGCAGGAGGCCGAGCUGCAGCCGGGUAUGCUCGGCAUUGUUCCACCAGCGGUCACUGGCGAGCCAGGAGACCCGCUCAAGGAGGCUGGCGACGCUGGUCUAGCCAAGUUCUCCUCACAGCCGGAGGCCUCUGCCAGCGAUGCCAGCGAUGCCAGCGCUAGCAACGGUCUUCCCACCGCAGAAUCGAAGCAAGCUGCCGAGACGAGUGGAAGCGGGUCAAGCUCUCCGUUGCUGCGAGGCGACUCGCCUUCUGGCUCCGAUCCUGCCAACAGCGGCACUUUGAGCAAGGACGAUAAAAAGAGGCAACAGAACCGCAAGAAGAAUGCAAAGCGGCGUGAAAAGGAGAAGAACAGGAAGUCCAGUGGCUAG